AUGAUGGGCAACACCUACGUCGACGAUAUUCAAAAUGCAGUGUACGUCUCGAGCGUGUUUCCUUGUGUCUUGUCCCCUCCUGCCCUGUACAUCCGGCCUUGUCCCCCCUUCGUGUCCCACAUCGCCCUACUGGGUGACGUUGGUGGAGUCACGUACUCGCCGAUGCCCUCGUCCCCAGAAGACGUCACCGAUAUCACCUCGUUCUCUCACACGUGCUACUGUGUCUCGUUCUUCAAGGCACUGCGCAAUCCCGUCUGGUCUGGCGCCGAUAGCAUCCCAUCGACGAUCAUCAGGAACAUCACUGCGCUCUCCGUGAGUCGUUCCCUGCGCGACGCGCCUUCUCCCAUUCCUACAGAAGUCUUCCCUCGUCGCUUUCGACACCCAAUUAAUGUCUUGCAGAGUGACAUAGCCUACUCUGCCGAGAUAAACGACAACAUUACCAUUCUGUCCUCCAGAUACGCCCAGACAAACAAUGGUGUCAUUCAAGGAUUGCUCUACGUCCCUGAUCUGGACGCCCGCGAUCCGUGCAAGGCGAUUGAACCUGCAUAUGUGCCCAGUACAGCUGUGCGACAAUCCCAUCUGCCACCCUCGGACUACAAUCUGAUCGCCCUGGUGCCUUGGUGGAAUGCUAGCUGUACGAGGUCGUAUCUGGCUUCUGCCGCGCUCGAUCCCAUUCGAGGGCUCAUCACGUAUAGGCCUGACGACAGCAUCGAGAAGCCCCCUUCUGUUGACGACGAGGUAUGGAACCUUCAGGACCAUGACGCCUGGAAAACCACGACCAAAUUCCCGGUCUAUGCUGUCUCAGGAGCGGUCGGGUCCUCGAUGAUGACACAACUGAGUCUCUAUUCCGGCAAUGUCACCUCCGUUCCUUACGGCGAAAAUAUUUCUGCCUUGUACAACCCUGACGCCGACGACUAUGUCCGGAUAUGGUCCCAAAUACACGUGGCUACUGCGGACUCCUUACCGACAAUCUGGAUCUUUAUACUCAUCUGCGUGGCUGCAUUGUUCUUCAUCGUGGCUGCCAUUUCCUGCCUCAUGCAUUUCGUUCAACACAAGCGCAGGGUCUCGCUUCAGCGUCGUGUGAUGAGUGGCGAAGUGAAUCUGGAGGCGAUGAACAUUAAGCACGUCACAGUACCUAUUGAGCAUGUCGAAAAAUUCCAACUAUUCACAUACAACUACGAACCGAACGCGAAUAGCUUGCCCCCCUCGCCUACAACGCCUCGGGCCCCGGCACGAGCCCACGUGCGAAAUAAUAGCGUGGGAAUCGACGAGACUAUUACAAAUACUUCUAUGCCAACUUUUGCAGAGAAAGCACUGCCCAGCCCGACAGCGAAAUCAACCGUCACUGGCAUUACUGCCGUUAGCACCGCAACAGACUACCAACCUGCCUGCUCGAUUUGCUCUGAGGACUACGAAAAUAGGGUCACUAUUAUUCGCGAGCUUCCUUGCGGUCACAUUUACCACCCGGAAUGUAUAGACGAAUUCCUCACCAGUCACAGCUCAUUAUGCCCGCAGUGCAAGGCAUCCAUGCUUCCGAAUGGCUAUUGUCCCAAGGUCACGAAUUCAAUGGUUCGACGGGAGAGGGCCAUUCGCAAACUGCGAGGCCAUGUCAUUAUUGAUGACUCGGACGUGGAAAGUGGUCGUGCCCAACCAGACUCAUGGAGGACGAACGUCAAGAGGAAGCUGUUCCGUCCUAGCAACAACGCCGACAACGUCGUGCAGCGCAUACCUCCCCGUCAAGUCCAAGCAGCAUCACCCGAAGUUCAACUGCGAAUGCGCGAUCUAGCAGGAGACGAGUUUCAUGACGCUCGAAGCGUAGACGGACAGCCCAAGUGGAAAAGGGCCACACGAACGCUGUUCCCGGGAUUUAUCUAA